AGGGGGCGGAGGAAGAGGAGGAGGAGGAGGAGGAGGAAGAGGAAGAGGCGCUGCCCGGCGGGUCAGGGCGGGGAAGUCGCCGCCCGAAGAUGGCGGCCGCGGCGGGGCCACACGCCGGGGCUGCGGCGGAGGCGCGGUUCAUCAGCAGCGCCAAGGGAAAGGGCUUGUUCGCCACCAGAAACAUCCGCAAAGGGGAAACAGUGUUCGUGGAGAGGCCGGUGGUGUCAUCCCAGUUCCUCUGGAAUGCUCUGUACAACUACCGAGCCUGUGAUCACUGCCUGCGGGCGCUGGAGACGGCGGAGGAGAACGCCCAGCGCCUGCUGGGGAACAGCUCGCUGGUGCUGCCUCACCCGGAGCAGUGCAGCAUCCGGAAAGACCUGCACCAGCAGUGUCCCCGCUGCCAGGUGACGUACUGCAGUGCAGAAUGCAGGCAGGCAGCUCUGGAGCAGUACCACCAGGUGCUCUGCCUCGGCCCGUCCCGGGACGACCCCACGCACCCCCUCAACAAGCUGCAGGAGGCAUGGAGAAACAUGCAUUAUCCCCCAGAGACCUCCAGCAUCAUGCUGAUGGCCAGGAUGGUGGCCACCAUCAAACAGGCUAAAGACAAGGAGUGGUGGAUCAAGGCCUUCUCCCAGUUCUGCAACAAGACAGCAAAUGAAGAAGAGGAGAUUGUGCACAAGCUGCUGGGGGACAAAUUUAAGGGCCAGCUGGAGCUGCUGCGCUUGCUCUUCACCGAAGCCCUGUACGACGAAUAUCUCAGCAGGUGGUUCACUCCAGAAGGCUUUCGAUCCCUCUUUGCCCUCGUCGGGACCAAUGGCCAAGGCAUAGGAACCAGCUCCCUGAGCCAGUGGGUACACGCGUGCGAUGCGCUGGACCUGCCCAUGCUGCAGCGGGAGGAGCUGGACGCCUUCAUCGACCAGCUCUACAAGGACAUUGAGAAGGAGUCAGGAGAGUUCCUCAACUGCGAGGGAUCUGGGCUCUACGUGCUGCAGAGCUGCUGUAACCACAGUUGCAUCCCCAAUGCUGAGACAUCCUUCCCAGAAAACAACUUCCUCCUGCAUCUCACUGCUCUGGAGGACAUCGAAGCAGGAGAGGAAAUCUGCAUCAGUUACUUAGAUUGCUGUCAGAGGGAGCGGAGCAGACACAGCCGCAACAAGAUACUCAGGGAGAACUACUUGUUCACCUGCUCGUGUCCCAAGUGCCUCGCGCAAGCCGACGACGCCGACGUGACGUCGGACGAAGAGGAGGAGGGCGAAGGAGAGACGGACGAUGCAGAGCUGGAGGAUGAGAUGACUGAUGUGUGAUCCUGGUCCCGGGCGAGAGGAGAGGGAAGGGAUGGGACGGGAAGGGAAGAGCCUGGAGGCUCCUCCAAGAGGCAGCAGCUUUGAUUUAGAACAGGGUUGUGUCGUGGGGUCGGGUGGGCACCGCGUGCCGAGGCGCCGGAGCGGGGCAGCCGGGAGCCGGAGGCAGGCCCUGCUCCCACCUGUCCGUGUUGUCCCUGUGCGUGUGUGUGUGUGUGUCAGGCUGUCCCUGUCCUCCCUGCGAGGACAAGCUGUGAGCCGGGGGCCCUCCAGCACAUCCCUGUUCCCGGUGGGGCUGGCUGGUGCUUGCAGGGGAGGCUGGAGGAGAGUGGGAUCCAGCCAGCCCCUGGGACACCACGCUGUCACCUGUGAGGUCGCUCCGCUGUGUCUGUGCAGGCUGUGGAUGUGGGGGAGCUUGUCCUUCCCACCCUGCAGGGACGAGGGCAAUGUGUGUGUGUGUGUCCGUGUGUCUGUGCACGAGGGUACUAUUUAAUGUCUGUAUUAGCACUAUCUACACCCUAUGGAGCUGGGGCCCUUAUAUAUCCUCAUUCCAUGCCUUGGCCGGCAGUGAGGGGCAGCAGGAUCUUGCAGGGGAUGCCCUGGAGAGUGGCCCAGAGCUCGAGUCCAGCAGGGAGAGCAGAGCAGACCCUGCAGAGACCUCCUUCCCAGCUCAGCCCACCCUUCCUGUGACACAGAGCCCCGGGCAGAGACUGCAGGAGCGUGUGGGGAUGGAGAAUGGCCAGGAGCUGGCAUGGGCUGUGGUGUCAUCCCAAACCCAGAAGACACUUAGGGUUCUGUAGGGAGGGAGUUGUCCCUCCCUUCAGCUGGCCGUGGGACAAGGAUGUGCUCGGGGAUGCAGCAAGUAUGCUCCCACAUGGAGAUGUACCAGCACAGAGUGGCCCCACUGGACGUCCCCUUGUCGUCCAUCCCAUGUGCCACCCUCAAGGCCACACCAUGCAGCAGUGUCCCUGUGUGCAUACCAUGUGGCUGGAGAGCCCACGGCUCCAAGUGAGACAGGCAGCAGGUCAGGGAUGCACCCAGGGUCAUCUCCUUCCUUCACGGAUUUUGGGGAGUUGUGUUCCUGCCGCCGUGGCAGCUGGAUUGUGGGACCGAGGGUGGCACACCUGUGGCACUGCCAUCACCGCCAGCCCUGCCUCCCACUGCUUGUCCCCAGCCGUCCACAUCCCCUUCAGUGUUCCUAAUAAAUCAAGACUGGUGACAGCUGGGGACCUGUGCUUUGUGUUGCUGGGUGCUGAGUGUGCUGUGACCCAGGGGCUGCUCCUGUGGGGACACAGGGCUGAGGGAACAGACACCUGUGCAAGUGUGGGCUCUGCAUCUGCUGGAUCCCACCCCUGCUGGAGCCUAUGUCCCAUGCGGCUCUGACUGAGCCCUGCCCCAGCUGCAGGAGGUAUUUGGAGAAUUUUACUGG